AUGAUUGCCGCCGCCGCCGUCACCCUCGCCGUCCUCGCGACCUCCGCGAGCGCGCGCCAGAUGACCGUGAAGAACAACUGCGACUUCACCGUGUGGCCCGCGAUCUUCACCGACCCGAGCUCCGGGGACUCGCCCGACCACGCCACGGGCUGGGAGGCCGCCGCGGGCAGCACCGAGCAGUUCGAGGUCCCCGACAACUGGACCGCGGGCCGCAUCUGGGGCCGCACGGGCUGCGACUUCAGCUCGACGCAGGACCAGACGUCGUGCGCGACGGGCGGCUGCAAUGGCGGCCUCGAGUGCGCGACGGAGGGCGGCACGGGCGUCCCGCCCGUCACGGUCGCGGAGUGGACGCUCAUCCCGGACGGCGAGGACAACUACGACGUUUCGCUCGUCGAUGGGUACAACAUCCCCGUCUCGGUUAAGCCGACUCAGGACUGCCCCGAGGCGUCGUGCCCGAAGGAGCUGAACGCGGACUGCCCUGCUGAGCUCCAGAAGAAGGACGGCGACGGCAAGGUCGUCGGCUGCUACACCGCCUGCUCUGCCAACCUCGACGGCGACGCGAGCAACUCGCCGAACUGCUGCAGCGGUGAUUUCGACAAGCCCGAAACCUGCCCCUCCUCCGGUGUUCAGUACUACGACUACUUCAAGGAUGGCUGCCCGAACUCUUACGCGUACGCUUACGACGAGAGCAGCGGCACCGCGCUCUGGACCUGCACUGGCUCGAAGAACGCUGACUACACGGUCACUUUCUGCCCUUAA